CCCGUCUCGCGGUUUUGGUGGACGAGGUGUCUGGAGCGCAGCCGAUCCCCCACCCGCCUGCUCAUCGCCACCGCCGCCGGGACGCUUGCCGGAGCCGCCGCCGCGCCCAGACACCUCGUCCUCCUCCAGCGCAGCGCCUCCUCCUUUGUCACUCAAAUCCCGCCGGCGCGCGCCCAAACCGGCUGCUCGGUAUGUUCCGCCCGCCGAAUGCUUUCGGGGCGCCUCCUCGUCCUCCGCAGCCUCCCCCGUGGCAGUGGCAGCAGCCGCCCCAGCCUCCGCCUGCCGUUUCCUUCUGGCAGCGCGACAAUGUGCGGGACCAUGUGAGGAAGCUGCAAGAGACCAUCGAGGUUUCGACUGCACUGAUAAAUGAGCUCGAGGAAAUCGCAGCGACCAGAAAUCUCAGUGAUGCUGCUGCACAGGAAUCUGAUUCGUCUUCGGCGAACCUGCCGUCAGGGUCUGCUGAUUCUUCGGAAGACAAGCCCCUCCGUUUCGUUGAGCUUGCUAGAUCUAUGGGGGUUAGUCAGGAUACUCAUGAGUCGAUGGCAACAGAUGCAGCUAAUUACCUUUGCCAUCAACUUCAGCAUCUUCUCGCACCUAUUGCUUCUGCAAUUAAUCAAAGCGGUCCUUGGGAGGAAAGAUCGGCAAUGGCUAGGUUAACUCAGAAGCUGCAGAAAGCCAAGAGAAAUAAGCGAUGGAGGAAGAGGAAAAGAAAGCAUGUCGCAGAGCUUUUUCAGAAGGAGCGUGCUGAUUAUGACAGAAUUGACCAGGAAGCUGAUGAAUGGAGGGCCAAGCAAAUAGCCAAGGAUAUUGCGAAACGAAAGGUGGAAAGCAUGAAGCAGAUUGCUAGAAAGAAAGCAAAUGAGGAAAGAAAGCGCCUAGAAUCUGAGCUCGAGCUUGCCCUAAUGGUUGAGAAACUUCAGGAGCUUCGUUCUAUAAGAGUUCAAAAAAUGAAGAAACAAGGUCAUUUUCUCCCUGAAGAGGAUGAUAAAUACCUCGAGCGUGUUAAGGCUGCAGUUGAGGAAGAAGAGCGCCAAGCUGCAACUGCUGCUUGGACUGAUGCUGUUAAGGAUGCUAUUCUGACUGCUGAGGAGUCAAGGAAGGCUCCACAGAACGAAAAUCAUCAUGAAGAUGGUUCUGAGCAUUUGAAAAGUGGACCAACAGAAGACAAGAAUCUGGGAGAUGUAGGGAUAAGUGAGAAAAAUGACCAGGCAAGUCAGAAAACAGAACAUGAAGGUCAUAAAGUUGAGGGAAAAGGGCAUGGACAUCAUGACCCUGUAAGCAAUCUUCCUUUUGAGUUCUACCAUUAUUAUCAUGGAAGCAGCUACGAUAUGGGGACACUCAUUGAGGUCCGCAGAAUGUGGGAUUCUUUCAUCAGACCUGGAGGAAGCCGUAUACCUGGGCACUGGGUUCAACCACCCCCUCCAUCUGAUGAGGUAUGGGCAUCGUAUUUAGUGCAGCCCAAGUAAAUCGCCAUUGAGUUCUGCAAAUGGUCUUUUCUGCUUCAAAACCACUGGAAUCUUUCAAGGCUACUGCGAGUGACUCCCAGGAUCCGAGGACAAAGCAAUGCAUAGUUCUGGAAGAAACUAUGACAUGUUGCCAAGACAACUUAUAGAUCCCAAGUUAAACUCAUUGAAUGGUGACUCAAAGUACAAAUGAGAAGGUACCAAUAGCCAGCUGAUCUGUGUUUGACUCAGAUUCUAUGACAAAGUGGAAUGAAAAAGAAGCUGAAGGAAAGAGCAAAGACUGGCACUGGUGCUCAAGAGUAUACUAUAUUCAUGGAUUUAAGGUGCUGAAGGUAAAUUUGUAACAUACAAGGCAUGGUCUGCAUGAUCAUUUCUUUUGUUAGCUUCAAUCCUUCCAGCUGUUCAGGCACUCUACUAUUUUACUGGUGCCUCAAUCAUUGUCUGCUCAAUGAGUGCAAACUUCCAUAGCACUUUUGUUGGCACCAUGGUUCGUUUGAUCUCCAACAAAGUAGGUCCUUGACUUGUGUAUGUAAAGAAUGACACCCUUGCUCACUGGUGAUUUGACACCGUAGGUUCUCAAAUAGUAUAAUUUAGUGCAAUCUGUGUAGUCUGCUGAAAUGAUGAGAAAUUUUGAUAAAGGUGACUGGUUAAGGUAGAUCAUUGUAUUUUACCUAGCAAUAAUGAAUGGAGUUUUUAA